UGUACCCAAUAUACACAUACACAGACACCCUUUUCCUCGUACUUCACGUCCUUGGGUCACUCUUUUCUUGAAAAAAUUCCUUUUUUUCAAUGCAAAAACUGGUUUCUUGUCCGGUGAUCCGACCCGGAUAUGGGUUACACCGGAAUGACCCGACCCGUUUUUACCAUACCCAACAACCCAAUUUCACUGUUCAGCUUGUUGCAACACCAAGACACUGGAAACUAAGCAGAGACCAGCUGAACAACUUGAUAGUCAACUUAACAUUUUCCCCUGAUAAUUCAUCAGUUUUUGAAAAUGAAAAUAGUACCAGUUUUGUCCUUGGAACAUUGUCCUAUGUUGAAUGGAAUCAUGCAUUAGAUGUUAUGGUUAAGUUGUGGGAAUUAAGGUUGUCUGGUAGACAUUGUUAUAAUGUAUCUGUUAAAGCAAAGAAUGUUGUUUUAUCUGAUAAAGAUGAGUUGAAUGAGAGGUUAAAGAGGGUAUUUUUGGAAAAAAUGAGGGAAUUAGUUGAUGGGUUUGUUGUAGAAAAAUGGAAAAGAAGAUUGGAUUUUUUGGUGAAUGAAAUUGGAAAAAUUGAUUUUUUGUUGAAAAAGAGAAAUAGACUUGGAGUUUAUUCAGAAUUGUUGGGGAGAAAAAAGGGUGUUGAAAAAGAAAGAGAUUUGAUUAAAUUAAGGAUUAGUGAAUUUAAGAAUGGGAUUAAGGGUUUAAUGGAUUAUUUAGAAGGGAAUAAUGAAGAGUUAAUUAAAAUGUUUAGUUUAAGUGAAGAAAUUGAUUGGAAUAAAAUUCAUUAUUUUAUGAUGAGAGAAUGUAGAAGGCUUGAUGAUGGAUUACCAAUUUAUGGUUUCAGACAGCAAAUUCUUCAACAAAUUCAGUGUCAACAGGUGACGGUUUUGGUUGGAGAGACUGGAUCAGGAAAGAGUACACAAUUAGUGCAAUUCCUUGCUGAUUCAGGAUUAGCUGGCGAUGGUUCUAUGAUUUGCACUCAGCCUCGGAAACUUGCUGCCAACUCUUUAGCAAGAAGGGUUAGAGAGGAAAGCCAGGGGUGCUACGAUGAUGGUUGGAUCUCCUGUAAUCCAUCAUAUUCAUCCCGUCGACAGUCUGAUUCAAAGAUGAUUUUUAUGACAGAUCACUGCCUAUUACAGCACUAUAUGGGUGACAAGACCUUGUCCAAGAUUUCAUGUGUCAUAGUCGAUGAGGCACAUGAAAGAAGCCUUAGCACCGAUCUUCUUUUGGCAUUGAUUAAGAGUUUACUUAAUCAGAGGGCUGAUCUGAAGCUUAUUAUUAUGUCUGCCACAGUUGAUGCAGAUCAGCUUUCAGAUUACUUCUUUGGUUGUGGAACUUACCAUGUAGCGGGUAGAACUUUUCCAGUUGAUAUUAGAUAUGUUCCCUGCGACUCUGAUGUCCGUCCUGCUGUUGGUGCAAUUGCCUCUUAUGUCCAUGAUGUUAUCAAGAUGGUGACUGAGAUCCAUAGAACUGAGGGAGAGGGAGCUAUUCUAACCUUCUUGACAUCUCAGAGUGAAGUUGAGUGGGCUUGUGAGAGGUUUCAAGCACCUCUGGCGAUUGCUUUGCCUUUACACGGCAAAUUAUCCUAUGAGGACCAAAAUCGAGUGUUUCUCUCCUAUGUGGGGAGGAGAAAGGUUAUAUUCUCCACCAAUCUUGCCGAGACAUCACUGACAAUCCCUGGUGUCAAAUAUGUUGUAGAUUCCGGCAUGGUUAAAGAAAGCAGGUUUGAACCUGGCAGUGGCAUGAAUAUUCUCAGGAUAUGCAGUGUGACCCAGAGUUCGGCUAACCAAAGAGCUGGGCGUGCAGGGAGAACUGAACCUGGAAAGUGUUACAGGCUGUACUCUCAAAAUGAUUUUGAGAGUAUGCCUCGCCAUCAGGAGCCUGAAAUUCGCAAAGUUCAUCUUGGUGUUGCAGUGCUGAGGAUUCUUGCUUUAGGUAUCAAGAAUGUGCAGGAUUUUGAUUUUGUUGAUGCACCAAGCCCCAAGGCUAUUGAGAUGGCCACCCGAAAUCUGGUUCAACUAGGAGCUGUUAGACAAAAAGAUGAUGCAUGUGAAUUAACUGCAGAAGGACUAAAACUGGUCAAGUUGGGUAUUGAACCUCGGUUGGGAAAAAUGAUCCUCUGUUGCUUUGAUCAAAAUUUGAGUAAAGAAGGUGUUGUGCUUGCGGCCGUUAUGGCAAAUUUCAGCAGCAUUUUCUGUAGGGUUGGUUCUGUAGGCGAAAAGCUACAAUCUGAUCGCCGUAAGGUGCAAUUUUGCCAUCCAAAUGGUGACCUCUUUACUUUACUAUCUGUUUACAAGGAAUGGGAGAUUGUGCCUAGGGAGAAGAAGAAUAGCUGGUGUUGGGAUAAUAGCAUCAAUGCCAAAUCCAUGAGGAGAUGCCAGGAGACUGUGCUGGAAAUGGAAGCCUGUCUUCUGAACGAGCUAAAUAUGAUCACAGCCAGUUACUGGAGCUGGCAUCCUCAAGGACCUAACCAGUAUGACAAAGUAUUGCAAAGUAUUAUUCUUUCUUCGCUUGCGGAAAAUGUUGCUGUGUACUCAGGCUACGAUCAGCUUGGUUAUGAGGUUGCGUUAACGGGGAAGUGUGUCCAACUACAUCCUUCCUGUUCGCUUUUGAAUUUUAACCAACGGCCACGUUGGGUGGUCUUUGGGGAAGUCCUUGCAGCAGCUAAUGAGUAUCUGGCCUGUGUUACUGCAUUUGAGUUUAGUUGUCUUGUUAGCCUGAAUCCUGCUCCUUUGUUUGAUUUUCUGAAGAUGGAUGCACAAAAGCUAGAAAAGAAGGUUUUGACAGGCUUUGGAGUCAUGCUACUCAAAAGAUUUUGUGGAAAAUUUAACAGUAGCAUUAAUAAUCUUGUCUCGCGCAUCAGAACUUCUUGUAUGGAUGAAAGGAUAGGCAUUCAGGUCAAUGUUGAUGAGAAUGAGGUUCUUUUAUAUGCUUCUUCAAGAGACAUGGAGAGUGUCACCUGCCAGGUAAAUGAUGCUCUAGAGUACGAAAACAAGCUAUUACGGAAUGAAUGCUUUGAGAAAUGUCUAUUCAGCGGAGGAUCAGCAGCUUCGGCCUCUGUUGCCCUCUUUGGAGCUGGUGGUGUGAUAAAGCAUUUGGAGCUUGAGAAGAGAUGUUUGGCUGUGGACAUAUUUCGUUCGAAGGGAAAUGCCAUUGAUGAUAAGGAACUGCUGAUGUUUUUGGAGAGAGUCACAUCAGGUAGUAUUUGUAUGGUGCACAAGUACACUGGAAUUGGCCAGGACAACGAGGAGAACAAGUGGGGCACAGUAAAAUUUCUUACCCCUGAUGCUGCAGAACGGGCUAUAAUCUUAAAUGAAGUGGAGUUUAAUGGUGGCUUUCUGAAAAUGGUUCCAUCCCGAAGCACACACGGGAGUGAUCAAAAGAUGUUUCGGUCAGUUCUCAGAGCUAAAGUUUCUUGGCCUCGUAGAUACAGUAGAGGAAUAGGGUUUCUGAAAUGUGACCCAAGGGAGGUCGCUUUACUGGUGGAUGAAUUGUCUGAUCUUCCGAUUGGUGAAAAACUUAUCCGGUGUAAUGCAAGCGAUAAGUACAUUGACAACAUAGUCAUUACUGGACUUGAUAGGAACGUUAGUGAGGUAGAGAUACUCGAGGUGUUGAGGGCAGCAACAAAUAGGAGAAUUCUGGAUUUCUUUCUGUUGAGAGGAGAUUGUGUAGAAAAUCCUCCCGUAGCCACUUGUGAAGAAGCACUCCGGAAAGAAAUAUCUGCCUUCAUGCCUAAAAGGGUUCCGUAUGUUGACUCUUUUCGUGUCCAGGUCUUCCAGCCGGAACCAAAGGAGUGUUUCACAAAAGCAUCUAUAACAUUUGAUGGAUCUCUUCAUCUUGAAGCAGCCAAGGCCUUGGAGCAAAUUGAGGGCAUCGUUUUGCCCGGAUGCCUUCCCUGGCAGAAAAUAAGAUGUCAGCAACUGUUUCACAGCUCUGUUUCCUGCCCUGCACCAGUUUAUCAUGUCAUACGGAACCAGCUGGAUUCUUUACUUGCUCGCCUCCGCCAAAAUAAGGAUGUGAAUUGCAAGCUAGAGAGAAAUGCUAAUGGUUCCUUUAUAGUUAGGAUAUCUGGCACUUCCACCAUUGCUGUGGCAGAGUUGAGAAGGCCAUUGGAGUUGCUUAUGAAAGGCAAGAUUGUGGAACACGUGGACAUCACUCCGACGGUUGUUCAACUUCUGUUCUCUCGAGAAGGAAUCAACAUUAUGAGGACAAUUCAUGGGGAGACAGGAGCCUAUAUUCAUCUUGACAAGCAUAGCUUGCAUGUUAGGAUCUUUGGUUCUUCAGUCAAUGUUGAUAGGGCCGAGCAGAGAUUUAUUGAUUCCCUUCUGGUGCUACAUGGAAGAAAACAACUUGAGGUGCAUCUUCGUGGAGGACUUUUGCCUCCUGACCUGAUGAAAAGAGUUGUUACAGCAUUUGGACCAGAUCUUAGUCUGCUUAAAGAAAAGGUGCCUGGGGCAGAGUUUUCUCUGAACACAAAGCGCCAUUGCAUCUGUAUCAAUGGCACUAAAGAUAUGAAGCAAAGUGUUGAGGACAUAAUCUCUGAAAUUGCUCAGAGAAGUUUUUCAACUCAAACGACAGGAGAUGAGGCUCACUGUCCUAUUUGCUUGUGUGAACCGGAGGAUGCUUAUAGACUUGAAGCUUGUACCCAUGCAUUCUGUCGCUCGUGCUUGCUAGAGCAGUGCGAGUCUGUGAUCAAAAGCCGGGAAGGUUUCCCCAUGUGCUGUUUGAGUUCGGGUUGCGGGGAACCCUUUCUGUUUGCUGAUUUGAAGUCUCUACUGUCAACUGAGAAGUUGGAAGAACUUUUCAGGGCUUCCUUGGGAGCUUUUGUGACAGCCAAUGCGGGUACUUACCGCUUUUGCCCCUCACCAGACUGCCCUUCAGUUUAUCGCACUGCAGAUUCUGAUAUGGAGUUUGGUGCACCUUUUGUCUGUGAUGCAUGCAAUGUGGAGACAUGUACGAGAUGCCACCUGGAGUAUCAUCCAUACCUCUCGUGUGAAACUUACCAGAAGGUUAAAGACAACCCGGAUAUCUCUGUAGAAGAAUGGUCCAAGGGGAAAGACGUACAGAAAUGUCCGGUUUGCAGUUAUGUAAUAGAGAAGGUAGAUGGCUGCAAUCACAUCGAGUGUAGGUGCGGGAAACAUGUUUGUUGGGUGUGUCUGCUGUUCUUUGACAGCAGUGAUAAUUGCUAUGAGCAUUUGAGGUCUGUUCACCUGUCCAUUACAUGAGAAAUAGAAAAUUGUAGUUUAUGAGAGCGCGUUCAUGUAAAUAUUCGCGCUUUUAUGCCACCCAGAGCUCUUUAUGUCUGUACAUAUCUAUGUUUGUGUUAUGUUGAUCCCCUCAGAUAUGGGUCAGUACUAGUUGCUCCUGUAUGUAUACACCCAGAGAAACAGCAAUAAAUCUGAGCUUUUACAA